GGACUCCGUACUUACGUUAGCAUUCAGGGGAAAACAUGGCGGCCGUCAUGGCGAGGAGGGUGUCCGGGCUGCUGAGGCCGCUGUCUGCGUCUCUGAGUGCCAGGACCCCACGGCUCUGUCAGCUCUCCACCCUCAUCCAGCCUCCGCCUCUCUACAGUUCCGCUGCAGCCGCUGUCCGCGCUCCUCUGCGAGCUGCUAUGUGUCAGACACCCCGGUACAACAUCCUGCAACGGGUCACAGCUCUUCUUCCCAGUCUGACUCCACAGCCAAGCAGAAGCCUGACGUACUACAGUGUGAAGAAGGGAAAGAGGAAGUCUGUAAAAUCUGUCACAGAAAGAUUCAUGAGGCUGCACUGUGGACUGUGGAUCAGACGCAAGGCUGGACACAAGAAGAAACUGUGGAAGAAGAAACCUGCCAGACGAAAGCGCCUGAGGGAGUUUGUAUUCUGUAACAAAACACAGUCCAAGCUUUUGGAUAAAAUGACAACUUCUUUCUGGAAGAGGAGGAACUGGUAUCUCAAUGAUCCAUACCUGAGGUACCAUGACCGGGUCAACCUCAAAGUUUAACUUGCUGAGUUAUGUAGUGGCAUCUUAUUUUCUGUUUGAAUAUAAUGUACUGAUGUAAUAUACAUAAUAAAGUCAUAUGUCCUAAGUGA